ACACUGGCUGCCGUGACCAUCACCGGAUAGCACAUCAACCCGUUCCACGAACACCGCAUCACUAACUAAAGUCAUUUGAAGGACUGCGCUACUUCUGUGACUACCGCGAUGCCUACUGUCGAGGCGAAAUCCACGAAGCGCAAGCUCCUCGACGAGAGCGAGUCCGAGUCUGAAGAUGGAGGGGCGCCUGUCAAUCUCAAGGUCAACGAGGAGUAUGCGAAGCGAUUCGAGCACAACAAGAAUCGCGAGGAGCGACACAGACUCGAGGAGAAAUUGAAGAAUCAGAAAGACAACGACGACGAUGAUUCCUCUUCAGACGAGACCGAGGACGAAGAUGGCUUCCUCGCCACCGAGGACCUCGACGCACAAAUAUCCGCCACGCUCCAGGCCUUGCGAAGUAAAGACCCCCGCGUCUAUGACAGCAAAGUUCAUUUCUACAAGCCUGACGAGGAAGUGGGCGAUGCUGCUGCUGCUGCCAAACCCAAGGAGAAGAAGGAAAAGCCGGUCUACCUACAAGACUACCAUCGUGAGAAGCUUCUCAAAGGGGAUAUUGGAGCGUCGGAUGACGAGGACGAGGAUGCGCCGCCACAGACCUAUGUGCAGCAGCAAGAUGCGCUCAGGAAAUCAGUGGUGAAAGAGAUGCACGCCGCUGGUCAGGAUGAUUCCGACGACGACAAUGAUGACUUCCUGGUGAAGCGGAAGAAGAUCGACGUUGAAAAGGGACCGAAGAUGUCAGCCGUCGAGGCUCGUGCUGCCAAGAAGAAGAAACCCACGGUCGAUGUAGAAACGGCUGAUCAGAAUCCCGAGACGUUCCUGUCCAAUUUUAUGGCGGCGCGCGCCUGGGUGCCCGAGGAUGGAUCGAGAUGGGCGGCCUUUGAGUCCGACGAUGGCGACGACACCAAUGACAAGGCUGACGAGUGGGAGCAAGCGUACAACCUGCGCUUCGAGGACCCGGAGAAGAGCAACGAGGUCCUCAAGACAUAUGCUCGUGACGUCGCCGCGGCCCGUUCGGUGCGAAGGGACGACAAGACGGGGCGUAGUCGACGACGAGAGUUGGAGAAGGAGAAGAAAGAGCAGGAGAGGAAGCAGCGCAAAGAAGACAAGGCGCGCCUGCGAAAGCUCAAAAUCGACGAGGCGGAAGAAAAGAUCAAGAAGCUCAAGCAGGCGGCGGGUGCCGUUGGCAAGCAGAUCACAGACGACGAGUGGCUCGAGUUCUUGGACGGCGCCUGGGACAAUGACAAGUGGGAAGAGGAGAUGAACAAGCGCUUUGGUGACGACUACUAUGCCGUGCAAGACGAGGGCGCCCUGGAGUCUGGCGACGAAGACGGCGAGGGUGGCAAGAAGGCCCGCCUGAAGAAGCCGAAAUGGGACGAUGACAUUGACAUUAAGGACAUCGUGCCUGACUUUGACGACGGCGUGGAACAGCCCAAGAUCUCAUUAAGCGACGACGAGACAAAACAAGCAGCCGACGGCGAGGGGGAGCAAGAGGACGAAGAAGAGGAAGAAGAGGCGCCAUCGUCAAAGAAGCGCAAGACCGAUCACAAGCGUGCCAAGCUCGAUUCACAGAAAAAGGUCCGUCAAGAGCGCGCCAAGCUCGAAGCCCUCGUGGACUCCAAGCUCGAGCUGUCCCACCACGACCUCCUCAACAAGGCAUCAUCCUCUGGCUCCGGCGGUUUCAAGUACCGCGAGACAGAGCCCCUCACCUUUGGCAUGACGGCCCGCGAUAUUCUCCUGGCGCCCAGCGACGCCGCGCUGAACGAUUACGCCGGCAUCAAGAAGCUUGCGCACUGGCGGGACCAGGAGAAGAAGGCCAAGGACGCGCAGCGCCUGAGCAAGAAGAAGAGGUUGCAAAAGUGGCGGCGCGACGUGUUUGGCAAGGACUAUGAGAAGACGGGGCCGACGUAUGGCUUUGAGAAGUUUGUGUCGGAGAGUGACGCUGGCGGCGCGCCUCUUGGGCAAGAGACCAAGGAGGAGGGAAACAUUAUUGGUGAAGUCGGCGAAGGCAAGAAGAAGAGGAAGAGGUCGAGGAAGAACAAGGCUGCU